CCGCACCCAGCCCCACCACGCCGCCAACAACUUUAUCUGAAUUUGUCGACAGCCGAAAGAAUCACACAAAAAAUUAAAAGCCUUAAAGAGCCCAACAGCAAAAUCAACACAGACGAAGCGAAAGAGCGGUAGAUAGAGGGAGAGAAAAUCCGAGAGAGAGUGACAUCUGAUAGCUGUACCUAGAGCUAUAACUAGGAAUUGAAUACGAUGCGUUUACAGCUGCUCGGGCUGUUUUGCCUGGCAUUAGGCGCAGCUCUGGCUGCUGCCUAUAACAACAACAGCAACAACAACAACAACAAUGCCAACAACAACGCCAACACACAACAGCAGCCAAUCUACACUUAUCUGACCACAUCGAGCACGUCCAGCCACAGGAAUGAUGCUCCAGCCAUGCAGCCGGCCAUUGUAUACGAGGCGUCUAUGCCAAAGCAGGAGACGCGACCCGUCAGCACGGCCAGCUCGACCACAGCGGAGGUGGCUUCAAAGAAAGUCAUCGGUUCCAGCGGUGCCCGCGGUGGCCGUCAUACUCGAUGGCAAUGAGCCGCAAUUUACGGAUGCCCUGGGCCAGAAGGUGCCCAAGCCGCAGCCAUCGCUGCAGGUGGCCAGCCCCAUUGAUCUGCUGAAUCCCGAUCGCUAUGAGUUCUACACGUUCGACGAGCACGGCGAGCUGGUAAAACGCCUGAUGACCAUGCAGGAAAUCCAAAGCAUUGUGGCCAAUGGCGAUGGCGAAGGUCCGUCGAUAAUUCAUGCGGCACCGCAGCAGGGCAGCGAGCCGGAGAAGAAGAUGCAGGACAUUGUGGACAAGGUGCAGCAUGUGCUCAACAAGCAGGUGGCCAGCAGCUCGUCGAAGAAUGGCUCGGUGGAGGUGUUACCCGUGCUGGAUACGCCCGAUGUCUCCUCGUCGUGGUCUCUCAUCUUGCCCGCCAUCUUUGGCAAUACGGGCGGUGACAUCUUCCCGCAGCAGAAGCCACAGCAAAUUGUUAUGACGCCCGAAUCGGAGCUGGUGGAGACCUCAACACGCACCACAACCACCACAAAGCGCGUGACAAAGAAGCCGAAGCCAUCGAAGCGCAAGCCAGGCACCAGACGCAAGCCCAGCACCACCACUGAGAUGACACCGCAAGUGGUGCAGGAGGACCUGGAUCCACUCGAGUCUGUUUACACGGGCAUUCAACAGUACCAGCAGGCGGCUGCCAAUAUGCCCGACUUCGAUGUCGCCCACAUGCAGCCCAUCUACCAGAAGUUGCCCAGCACCACCCGCAAGCCGGAGACAACCACACGGCGGGUUUUCUACAACAAUCAGGAGAUUGUGCACACGCCCACCUCGUCAGGCAGUCCGAACAGCACCACUGAAAAGGUCCAGCAGGUGGCCAAGAAACCAGCCAAUGUGCAUCGCAAGCCCACCCAACCACAUCGUGUGAAGAAACCCAGUGGGGGUCAUGGCAGCACUAGCAGCACCACUCAUUCCACUGGUGGCAAGCAAAAGAUAAAGAAGAAGACAACCACACCAGCGCCCAGCACCGCCGCUCCCACCACCGCCGUACCCACCACUGCACCCACCACUGCACCCACCACCGCAACCACCAGUGCACCAGAUCCUGAAAGACCAGCAUCAGCAGUAGCAACAACCACUCAACCACCAGUGUCCACCACGCAAAAGAAGAAAAAGCGCAAGCCCACCCGCACACCAGGACAUUCCAGCACCACCAGCAGCGGCGCUAAGCCAAACAAGCCCAAGCGUAAGCCAACCACUAAGCCCAAACCACACCAACCAGCCACUGCACAGGCAACUGCCACAUCAGCACCACAUCACCAAGAGGUCAGCACACAUAAGCCAGCGCGUCCACAUCGGCCACACAAGAAACCCAAGCCCAGCAGCCCCACCACAGAGACGCCACCAACGGCCUCAUCCGGAGCUCCUGAUCCAGAACUAACAUCCGGAUUGUUGGUGAGCACAACGCAUCGGGAUGCUAUAGAUCCUGUGCCAACCACAGCGGCUACAACCACCAGCACCACACCAACCACCACAACGGCAGCAUCCCCAAGCACCACCAGAAGACCCGCUUUGCAUCAUCAAAAGAUACAUGGCAAGCCCGCACAUGCGAGCACCACAACCACCACUACCACGACCACCACCACCACCACCACUAAACCACCAGCUACGGAACAUCAUCAGAAAAUCCAUAUGAAACCUGUGCACAAUGCGCCAGUCGCAGCCAUACCUAGCACAACAACAACAACAGCAGCGCCCACUACCAGCACCACCCAUGCGCCUGUCUAUCCCGUGCCCAGCUACGAUGCCGAAGCCACCGAAAACUUGCCCACAAUCGUUGCCCAGGAGGAGGACAAGACGCAGCUGAAGAAGACGCCUUUGCCAUUGCCCUCGCUCGCCCUGCUGCAACAGCAGCUGCAACAGAGUGCCACACCAUCGCCCGCACCACAAUUGUCGCCGGAUCAGAUACUAUCCAUGGACCAAAUCGUGCAGAGCUUGACGCAGGAUCUGCUAGAAGGCGAUAAAAAGGAUGCCAACGCACCACCGGUCAAAUACGACAGCGCAGAUAGCAAGGAGCAAAUGGAAACUUUGGCUAACAAAAAGAAAAUUCCCGUUAGCAGCACCACAACAACAACAACAACGACAACCAGCACCACCAGCAAGCCAACAACAACAACCACCACGACCACAACCACCACAGCUAAGCCGAUAAUACCAUCAUCCAAUCCACUGGCAGCCAACUAUGGCGGCAGCACCUUGGCCACCAUGUUGGAUGAGGAGGACACCAGCACCACUGAGGACCUAAACGAUUCCACCGAAACCACCGGCAAUAAGCAAACCACACUGAGCAGCAUGGAAGGUGAACAGACGCCGAUUGUGCUCAUAACCGCUAGACCACAAUACUUCACCACCAAUCAGGCCGCACCACAGUUGCAGCCACUGACCACGGUGCAGUCAGACCCCACGCAGCAGGAGCCAGAGACCACCGAGUUGCCCAGCUACACACAGUUCUUGCAAACCACGCCCAUGGCAGCGGAUGAAGAGCUCGAGGCAGAGGCAACCACAAUUCGGCCAUUUGAAGAAGUCAACCAUGUGGUUAAGUUCGAGCCACUCUAUGCCGAUGUGCCCGAGGCUGUGGUCACGGAAUUGACGGAGCAACCCACAACGAACGGUUACUAUGAACAGUUCGAUGAUGAGGCAACCACUGAGGCAGCUCCACGUCUACCGGUCACUGAGCGUGUCACCAGCACCACCAAUGCUGAGGAAGACAGCACCGAGGUGACGCCCAUGAUAGCCAAUCUGGUGGAUCAGCUGAAUCUGCAGGUGCUGCAGCCAACCGAUCAGAUUCUGAUGUCCAAUUUCCAGACCCAAGCCGCCACAGUGGCAUCCACCCUGGUGGAUGGCAGCAAUACGCUUGUCGCCGAUGUCUACAUGAACUCGAAUGAGACCAAGGAUGAGCUGCAGUUCCUCAUGUCCGAUGUCAUACAGCAGAUCACUCAGCCCGAGAGCUACAAGCCAGUCAAUGAUGAUGAUGAUGAUAAUUCGCAUCGUCUGACCAGCUUUGCACAGUUGAAUACGUCUUUCCUCUUGCCGCCCAAGCUAGAGACGAGACCAAAACCGAAACCGAAUCCAGUGGUGGAGCAAAAGAUAACAAGCGCAACGGAAGAGCAGAUGCAGGAAAUCACAACCAUAAUGCCAAGCAGAAGCGAGGAGGAAAAGGAGGAGGAGCUCAUCAAACAGGAAGCUGAUUACAUCAAUACGCCCGCACCUGAACCAGAGCAGCUGGAGAGCAGCACCUACAGAGUGCCGGUGUUGUCCUUGUCGCAAAUUUAUGCACAGCAGCAGCAGGACGAAGAUGAUGAGCAGCAAAUAUUUGAGCUGGAGCGACUGGAGCAGCUGAAGCCAAGCCAAGCUGCUGACAAACAGGAAGCCAAUGAGCAGGCGACAAAGCUGGAAGAGCAGAAGAAGGAAGAAAUGUUGAAGGAGGAGCAGCGGUUGAAGGAGGAACAACAGUUGAAGGAGGAACAACUGAAGGAGGAACAGCGGUUGAAGGAGGAACAACUGAAAGAGGAACAGCGGUUGAAGGAGGAGCAGCAGUUGAAGGAGGAACAGCGGUUGAAGGAGGAACAGCGGUUGAAGGAGGAACAACUGAAGGAGGAACAAUUAAAGCAAGAGCAACUGAAGCUAGAACAGUUGAAGCAACAGCAGGAGCAGGAGCAGCAGUCACAGUACCAGCAGCAGCUAGCAACAACAAUAGCGCCAGCUGAUAGCUACGAAGCGACAACCAUCGAGCAAGUGCAGUCGGAGGAGAGCAAGGAGACCAACUCAGUUGAAGAGACGACAACAGCCAGCAGCAUCAGCAGCAUCAGCAGCAGCAGCAGCGUGGAGCAGUAUCUGCACGACGAGAAGCCAGAUGCGCCGCAACGCGAGAGCGAGGAAAACCAGAUGCCCGAGAUGUUGACAAAUGGUUACAACCAGCAAGUCCAAACGGAAGCCAACAUUGAGCAAAUGGCGGCAACCACAAUGCAGGUGCCAGCAGCCGAGCAGGAGCAGGAGGAGGUGCAGAAGCUGGCAGCAACGGUGGCUGGGUCAACAAAUGUUUACCAGGACGCACAAGCGCAAGAACAAACAUCAAGCGAAAAGGAAACUGAAAAAAGCGAAGAGGAUGCCAAAACAGAAGAGGAGCUGGACGAGCAGCAGCAAGAGGACGAGGAGCAGCUGAAGCAAAGUGUUGAGGAUAGCGUCACUAAUGCGGCACAGCUGCAGCCACAGUAUACGGCCCAGGCAUCUGAAGAGCAACACUAUCAAGAUAACGAGCAGGAGCAGGAGCAGACAACGGCCAGCGUUGAGYUGGUCACGGAAAUACCGGGUGAUAUGUCCGUUGUUUCAUCUGAAUCGGAUAUGUCGCUCAGCUCGGAGCAGGUCACCGAAAAACUAGAGCUAAGCACUGUGCGCACCAUGGAGCUGAACGAGGAGGCACUGGAGGACAUAUCCGAUGAGCUGACAGCAACUUUGACCGAAGAGGAUACCACGAGUGCACAAAAAUAUCAACUGGACGAUGAGGAUCCCUAUGUCAAGCUGGGCGAGACGACGGCCAGCGUGGUGAAGCCACAGCAGUCGGAGGAAAAGCAACCAGAGCAGGAGCAGUCUACAGAGAAGGCAGAGCCACAGCAAAGCUACCAGACGACAUUGGCUUUGUCCCAGGAAAAGGAAAAGGAAACGGAGCAGGAACAGGAAGAGGAACAGAACUCCGAGCAGGAGCAGAACUACAAAGUCACCUUGCCUCUAGCUAGCUAUGGAAAUCAGCAAGCUGAUGAGGAGGACGAAGAAGAUCAAAACGAUUAUCAGCUGCCCAUACUCCUGCCAAGCAGCAGCAGCAGCAGCAGCAGCAGCAGUUCGACAACAACCACCACAAGCACCACAACGACAACCACACGAGCGCCCACAACGACAACCACCAAGCGACUGCACACACUGAAGCCCGUUUCGUAUUAUGUGCAGCCGUCGCUGCUCGGUGGCUACAAUCAAGUGGAACCACAGCCGCCGAAACUGCUCGCCUACAAUGCCAACAGCAACAGCCUGGCGCAGCAGCAACAGUUGCUGCCAUCAUCGCAGCAGCGACCCAUGCAUCGACCCGCCUCGUUGACAAAUUUAAUGGCUGCAUCCACGCAGGCAACGCGUCCGCCAGUUAAGCUCGAGCCGAGUCCGCAGAGCUCCCAGGGCUUGGAGGCCUCCACUUCCCGUCUCGAUGAGGACGUCUUGUCCUUUGCACGGCUUUGCAAUGAGCUCGCGUUUAGCUACUGGAAGUCCAUCACCUCGGAAAAGAUAAGCUCAGCCAGAAGUCUGGUCAUCUCGCCGUUUGCGCUGACUUCAAUGUUAUCCAUGGUGUUCCUGGGCGCGCGCGGCAGCACCUCGGGCGAAAUGAACGAGAUACUGAAACUCGACGAUAUGGUCACCUUUAAUCCGCAUUUGAUUUUCCGUAACAUCACCCAGUCGGUGGAGAGGUCCAUGGAGCAAGACAUUGCAACUGCGGCGUUUGUGCGCGAAAUCUUCAGCGAUCGUGCGAAUGGAAAAAUCCUGCCCUUCUUCAAGGAGAAGACACAGCAGCUGUACGGCGGACAUGUGGAAGAGGUCAACUUCCAUGUGGUCAACGAUAUUGUAAGGCGUCGCACGAAUCUGCUGGUGAAACGUCACACCAUGGGCAAGGUUUUGGAGUACUUGCGCACGAACAGUGUUUGGGUAAAUGGCCCGUUGGCCACAGUUUCAGCCAAUCUCUUCCAGACAGACUGCUCCAAGGCAUCGACAACGGAUCGAGACGGUGAGAUGUUCUUCCAGGUGCAUCCGACGGUGCGUCAACGCCGACUGGUGCCCAUACCCGCCGUGCUCUACCGCUCCGGCUUUACGGCUGGCUACGAACCCAAGCUGGAUGCCACUGUCGUUGCCUUCGGACGCAUUCAGGAUACGGUGAGCACGAUCUACGUGAUGCCGGGUCAUCAGAGCUCGGUGGCGCCCACGCAUAAUUUGGAUCGCCUGGAGCGCAAUCUGGUGGAGCUGGCCUUUGGUCAGGAUAAUGCGUGGAGCAGCCUGAUGACUUCGCUAAUGGAUCGGCCCGGCAUGGAGGUGCAACUGCCACGUUUCUCGCAUCGCUCGUUUGUCAAUGCCUCGCUGGGACUGCAGAAGAUGGGCCUGAAGGGACUCUUCAAAUCGGACUUUGCUGACUUGCGCGGCCUGACCGGAAACGGUAAUCGCGACAUCUUCCUCUCCGACAUGAUACAGAUCAAUACGUUCAGCACUUGCGGCGAGGAGAAGAUCUCCGAUCAUCAUCACGUAGAAAUGUACCCAGCACCGCCUCUACGCAAACGCAACAAGGACGUGGAUGCUACAGACGACGAUGCCUACGAUUCGUCUGAGGCGAUCGUAGACUUUGGUUCAUUGGUGCAGGAAUCGGCAUUGGGUCGUGGCUUCUACGAUGACUUACUGGAUCCCAAGUACUUGGAGCUGCCUCUACCGCUGCGUCCGCGUCAGGCGCGCGUGCCCGAUGCGCCCAGACUGCGCUUCGACAAGCCCUUCCUCUACUUUGUGCGCCACAAUCCAACGGGAAUGAUACUCUUCAUGGGUCGCUUCAAUCCACGUCUGCUGCCAUGAACAAAUCAAAUAUAUAACAAAUUCCCCCCUCCCCCCAGCCAGCCUUAAGUAAGCCAAAAUACAGAUAAUACAAAAACAAAUUAAAACGUUGAAGCCCCUCUCCUCCACCUUGAAUAGAGGCGUCAAAGCAAAUUUAAUAGUAAAUUCAAUUUGCAUUCAAUUAAGCUAAUUUUAUGAUUAAUGCGAAUUGCUGUGCCUUAAUCCCGCGUCCGGCCCCAACUCAAACGAUACGAGAUUGACGUGCAGCAAAAUAAUACUUAAAAAAAAAAAGAAGAAAAAUACUU